UAUAGAAUUUUUUCUUUCUUUUAAAUCUUCAACCAUAGAUUCUGUUCUGUCCGAAAACAUGCCAUUAAUAUCUCAAAUUCCAUAAUCAUAGAACCACCCUUAACCCCUUAUCCCUCUUCCUUCCCCUCCCCAAAAUUCAGCUUCCAAGUUUGCGUUUUUUUCACUCCAAUUUUCACCCCAAAUCAGAAAUGCAAGUUUUAUCAGCCUGUAAUUUGUGGUCAGUGGGUGUUCCAACCCGCACAAGAAGAAGAAGAAGCUGUUUCCUCAGCCGCCGUGAGAUUUGCUUUGAUGGAAUGUCCUCUGUCUGCUCUCACUCUCAACACUCCCCAAACGACGCCGUUACACCCACCAGCGGCAGCACUAUUCGAGUUCAAGAUAAAACUUUGGAUUUUGAUGAAAUGGUGAAGAAUCUUGUUCUAUCUCCAACACGACGUGUGUUAGUGGCGAGUUUAACUAUGUUUUCCUGUUUAUGUUCUUCAAGGUACAUGUCAGCCCUAGCAUUGGGAGAUCCAUCAGUAACACUUGAAGAAGUAACCCCUCCUGUGUUUUCUUCUGGGCCACUCUUUUCCCAUAGGGGUCAGCUUUAA